AUGCGAUUUGUCCAUCUUUUCAAUAUAUCGCCAUCACAUACCUAUUCUAUAACAAUUAUACCAAUCCAAUUCACUUCUGAAGCAUCUUCUAGCUAUGUAUUAUUGCCUUAUAAAUCUCAUGUCAAUAUUGUACAAGCCAGCCCUGCCACUUCAAGUCCGACGCCAGAACAACUCCGUGUAACCGAAAGCCGUUAUGCUUACAAUAGCAUCUCCAAAUUGCUAAGCAAUCGGUUCCUUAAUGCAGCUGAUCGCCACGACGUUAGACUAUCCGGCAAUUCUGCAGCUGUGAACAGUCAAGACAAUUGUGUACACAAGUUACAAAGGAUCCAGGAACUUCCAAGGCAUUGA